CGGCGGCGGCGGCGUCAUCGGGCGGGACGCAGCGAUGGCGGCGGCUGCGUGUGAGGCACCUCGGGCGCGGGGCUCCAUGGCCGAGGAGGACCCCAACCAGAACCAGCCCGAGGAGGAGGCCCGCGAGGAGCGCGCCCCGCGCUGGGGGCCUCAGCACGCGGGGGCGCGCGAGUUGGCGGACCUCUACUCGCCCGGUAAGCGUCUGCAGGAGUGGGUGAGCGUGAUGCUGUGUGCCAUCCUCGUCAUUUUCAACGGUUACCACCUCGUCGUUAACUUCAGCGUCGACCACGUUCACUACAUCCUCAUCGCCAUCGUGGCCGGGACGGUGACGGCCGACUUCCUGUCGGGUCUGGUGCACUGGGGAGCCGACACGUGGGGCUCCGUGGACAUGCCGAUCUUCGGAAAGGCGUUCAUCCGGCCGUUCCGCGAGCACCACAUCGACCCGACCGCCAUCACGCGCCACGACCUGGUGGAGACCAACGGGGACAACUGCCUCGCCACGCUGCUGCCGCUCUCCCACAUGGCCUACAAGUUCCACACCCUGUCCCCCGAGGCGGUGCAUGAGACAUACGCGUGGGAGUGCUACGUGUUUGCGCUGGCCGUGUUCGUCACGCUCACCAACCAGAUCCACAAGUGGUCCCACACCUACUUCGGGCUGCCGCGCUGGGUCACCGCGCUGCAGGCGGCGCACAUCGUCCUGCCGCGCCGCCACCACCGCGUGCACCACGUGGCGCCGCACGAGACCUACUUCUGCAUCACGACCGGCUGGCUGAACUACCCCCUGGAGUUUCUGGGCUUCUGGGCGAGGCUAGAGAGACUCAUUGAGAUGGUGACGGGCGAGAAGCCGCGUGCGGACGACUUGAAGUGGACACAGAAGGUCAAGUAGCCUCAGCCUCUGUGGUGGACUCGCCCACCCGCUCGUCCGCCCGCUCGCCCGUUCGUCCCUCCGUCUAUCGGCUUCCAGGUCGUCCCAGGCUCCACGGCUCAUCUGGACACGAGCCCCCCCCGCUCCCCCAAAAAAAACAAUCGCCUUGCACCUCGUCGUGAAGAGUGGGUGGCGGGGGGGGGCAGGAAGAGUGGCGGGGGGGGGGAGAUGCGACGGAGAGACGGCAGCCGAGUGAACUCCAGAGAGGGUGCGAGCGAGCGCGCUGUAAGUGUGCACCUAGCCUGGCACAAGCGCUGCGACGACGUCUCCCGUCACGUAGCGCCGAAUGUCGGCUGUUUUUGUUGUGUAGAGCACGUGUGAGUGAGGGUGGUGUAAUAGUGUGUGUUGGUGGCGGUCGUGCGUUAGGUGUGCAUGUGUGGGUAUGUGUGGGUAUGGGUGUGCAAGGGUGUUGCCGGAGAUUGUGUGAGUGUGGGGAGCGGUGGCGCAGUGGGUUAGCGCUGCACUGCGCCGUGAACCCAGCGAUUCAUGUUCAAUUCCCCGACCACACGGACAUGGGUGGCGAUCAUCGGAACCGCUGCUGGCACCCUCUCAUAGGUCGACUCAGCAUGAAUACUAGGGAGACAAAGGCGGAUCGGCGUGGUUCCGGCCACACCACCUCUUUGUACACCAAGCUUGCCUUCGUAGGUGCUGCUCGCUAACAGCACUUACUCCAACAGCCUGUGGAGGCUGCACGGGUGAUCUUUGUCUAUGCGUGUGGGGAGAUGCUAAAUGCACUUUCCCCAGCAGUCUGUACGGCUAUUGGGGCUUUUUUGUCUUUGUGGUGGAGGAAGGGGGGGGGGCGGCGGUGGUGGUGGUGUUGUUGUGUUGUGUACUGUUCUCGGUAGUGGUGGUGGUGGCGUUGUUGUUGUGUUGUGUGCUAUUCUCGGUAGUGGUGGUGGUUGGAGGUAGACGGCGUGGUGGUCGCGGUGAAGCCGGCGAUGGAUUUGGUCGACCCACCUCCGCCGCUCGUGAUGUGGGGAGGUAACUCAUCCAGCAGCGGAGCGACGGGGGGAGGGGGCGGGGGGUGAUCACACAAUGCACAAUUUGUGAGCGACGGGCGAUGGUGUGAGAUGCACACACAGAGGGUCUUUAACAUCAACUUUGCUUUGUCUCGCACGCUUGGGUAGUGUCGGGGACCGUGGGGUGAGCCAAUGAGACGGUCGUUUGGUUCAGUCAGAGGAGACUGUGCAGGUGUCUUGCCAGAUCAUGAAUUAAGGUGUUCCGGAGAGUAAGGCGCACCUAAUAAAGUUAUGCACACACGUACGUACACAUUAUACGUGCACACACAUGUACACACACACAUACGUACAGCAGUGACGUGCGGUGAGAUCAAUGGCUGGGGAGGCACUGGCUUGUGUCAGAGCCAGAUUUGCACACUGAGGGAGGCGUGGCCUCAUGGAGUGAGGCAGAUGUGAUAGCUGCCUCCCCUGGUACUUUUUCAUUGCAGUUUCAUGACGAGACCAGCGAGCCUAAAUAUCCAAAUACACAAACGUGCAAUAAAUUACCUGGAGUAUGGAAGGCGAGGAGAUGAAAUGAAGGGGUCUACAAACAAUACAUUGGUGACAUACUGAGAUAGUGACAGGGACGCGCUUAUUGACCGCGCUCCAUCCAGUUACUGAGGGGUUGCGCAAUCGGAGGGGAGGCUGAGCUCGUCGCUGCCUCACCUCUCGUCUCUUCCUGUAUUUGCAGCGGAGCUCCGCAAAUUUGGCGAUUUCGACUAUAAAAAUUAUUGGAAUCGUACAGAGAUGACAUUUAUAACACAGAUCAGUGGAAAAAUCUUAAUAUUUAUUUUAUUUAAUUAUUCUUUUUUUUCACUUUUCGUAACAGCUGUUUUCAUUGGAGUAUGACAUGUGAGGCUCUGCCUCCCCUGCCUCCUCUGCCUCCCCUACCGCACUUCCCUGAUAUGUACACACACACGUACACACGUACGCACACGUACACGUAUGCACACGUACGCACACACGUACACACGUACACACGUACACACGUACGCACACGUACACACGCACGUACGCACGUACACACGUACGCACACGUACACACGCACGUACGCACGUACACGCACACGCGUGUACACGCGUAUACACACGCACGUAUACACACGCACGUACACACGUACACACAUAUACACACGUACGCACACCGAGCGGACGAUGGGAUUCUCGCCCAACUUCGACUUCAACAAAGUGGCGUGGGAAUCUAGGGAACGCCGUACAUUCAACCAGACGACAUUCAACCAGACGACAUUCUAACCAGAUGACAUACAACGAGUCUAUAUACAACGAGUCUAUAUACAACGAGUCUAUAUACGUGCAGUCAGUCAGAGGUGAGGGUUCCUGGGAAAUCCAGAGCAGGUGGCAAUCCUGGGUGAGUGAUGGAGCGAUACACCACCGGGGCGUGUAACGGACGACGCUGCGUGUUCACGUGGCGGCGCGGUGUGCAGAGGAGCGCUGUUGAUUUCGCGGGGGCCCGCGCUGAUUGCCACUUGUAGUGGAGGGGGGGACUGGGGGGGGAGGGGGGCGACUGGGGGGGAGGGGGGGGGACCGAGUGGUUGCCGAAAGAGCCGGCGGGCGUCUCUGCCCAAAUCGCUUGACACAGUCGCAGGAGACGCAGAUUUAAAUAACUCGCUCGGCGAUCGGAUUAGCGCUGCGGUGGCAGCGGUAGCAGAUUACGCAGCAAGAUGGGAAGGAGUGGAGGGAGAGAUGGAGAGGGGGGGGGGGCACAAAAACCCCAAUCAAGCAUGUUGCCACGGUACCACUUUACUCUGCCGAUGCCUUCCCAGAACAAUUCACACACACACACCACCACCACCACCACAUCCAGUAUAUCUCUCACGAUGUCUGUGUCGUGGAGGGUGAAUCGUUACUGCGACAAGCGUGCGUUGUUUCCCGUGUUCCUGUAGUACGCGCUUUGUCAAUGCCUCACAUUGCCUGUGGAGACGUCUCCACGCCAGUGGCUGCUGCUGCUGCUAACUCGGCUCGGCUCGGCCAAAUUGUCGUUUUGCUUUUCCCCAUUUUCCUCUUCAACAUGCCCUGCUGUUGGAAGCGCCCCGGCACUCGCGGACGAUUAUUUUCCAGUUCAAGUGGGGAAAAGCAAAUGUGUGAUGAUGUGUUGUUGUUUUGUUGUUGUUUUUGUUGUUAUUUGUUGUUUUUGUUGUUGUGAAGCCAUCGGUGGCCGAGGCCCCGAGCUUUGAGAAGCCGGUCCCACCGCAGGCGCCGGCUGGAACCCGGCUUUCGAGCCCAGGAUACUGGAUCAGCGCUCGGACCUAGCCAUUACGAACCCCUUGAGCCAUCCAAACAACCACUCUGUGGUACCUAUUUUAUCCACCCUCUGCGGACGGAAGGGCUGACGCCAUCCAAUCGUCGGCAGCCUUGAUCGAUCCACUGCUGGAUCGAGGUAAAAUACAAACAUUGAAUAUGAAAACCUCUGGGGGAUCUCCCUCCCAAGUCCCCCCCCCCCCUAAUUCGUACCCACUGCAGUCGGGUGACGGGUCGUGCACCCCGUGAGCACGACGAGACGUGUUGCUGGUCGUGUCGAUGUGCACUACCGGAGAGAAACGGCACCCAGUUGUGCUGCUUACACUGCACACGCGCUCGUGUGUGUGUGUGAGCGUGUCGGGGAUUAUCUGAACCGUUCUUGGGCCUCCCCUAGGUAGACUCAGCCUCAAAUGAGUACCUGGUGCGGUGUGUAGUAGUGAACAUCUCCACUGGGGAGACAAAGGCGGCCGGGCGUGGCGCUGGCCACCCACCCCCCGUGUACUUCACAGGUGCUCGCUAACAGCACUUUCCCCUAGAGUCUGUCAAGGCUACACGGCGCGGGGUGGGGGGUGGGGGGGGUCUUUAUGGGUCGCCAGAUGUGACGGGGACAGGUUCGUGUCGGCCACGCGGCAUCACGGAGCCGUGAGGAGCGGCGAGUGAGUGGCGAGGCGCGUGCUGUGGGUCUGCUUGUUGAUGAAGAGCGUCACUUGGCCUCGAGUCGAGAGCCCAUUGCGGUGAGGAGUCGGCGCGCUCUAUUGAACCAGUGGCCACCGCAUUGAGAUUCAUUCUCUUGCAAUGGGAAAACCUGGCACCGCGUGGUCCAGAUGUCUUGUGACUCCCCCCUCCCCCAAUUCAUUGCCCCUAACAUUUUUUCCUUUGCGUAUUCAUUUCUGUUUUCUAAACCUUCAAGAAAAUGUAAAGUUCUAGAGAAUGCAGCACCCUGUAGGGAGAGAAUGGACCCAUUGCCGGCCCCAAUCGGAUCGCGGAGAUGCGAUUUCGUCGCACGCUGUCUGCACACAAACACACACACAUCCAGAAUCGGAUGUCGAUGUUUAUUUGUGUACAGUCCGCCAGCCUGUUGACCGUGCCGAACUUGCGGCGCUCGAGACGAGAGCGCGUUGAAGCACGCAAACUCUGGGACGGAUUGCGUUGUGUUGGGCGUCAUCAGCAGUCGCGGUGGCUAUGAGAUGUUGACUACCUCGCCUGGUAUGCAGGAGGUCCGUGGGCUCGAACCCGACCCUGACCAUUCCUGUGUAUUUGGAGUUUGCGUGUUUUUCUCUCUCCCCGUGGUCGCGUGGAUUUUUAUCUCUCCGGGUUUCCCCCUCCGCAUUGAGAAUCAACAAUCCCGCGUUUCGAGUGUGUUGGCUGCUAUCAAUGUCCACACGACAAGCCAGUUCACUUCGUCGAACGGUCGUUUUGUGAUAGCCUGGUCACUUCUGGAAAAAACAAAUCGACAUAGCUCAGUGGAGCCUUAACUGGUAAUUAAAAACGAAUUGGUUUAACAAAACGUGUAAAGAAUGCGAGUGGGUUGCCAGCUGUUCUUGCCAGGGCCACUGAGCUGGAGGGAAAAACGCAAUAAUGUACAAACUGGCAUGGCGUGAUCAUCUUGAGGAUGAUGAUGAUGUUGUUGUUGAGCGUGGGGGAGUGUAGAAUGGGCCCCGCCUGCUCGCCCCAGCAGCAGAUGCCCCCCCUCUACUCGCGCCGAGACCAUGCGGGCGAGGUGGCCGUCACGUGGCCGUCACGUGGCGCGCUGCUUCCGUGCCCGACGGGGCCCAUUCGCAGUGCGCGCUGGGACAGACGCGAGGCGAAUCGAGCGAAUCGCCCCGUCGGUAACGAGGUCGCCACGACGGAGGGUCGGGGCGUUGUGUGCUCCCCGAGGUGCCGUGCCGCCUGCUGCCGUGGCCUAUGCCAGCUCUUGACACUCACGCGGCGUCUCCCGCAACGCCGCUCGGAGUCCGGGUUGUCGGCGUAAGGCACUACCACUACAACACCAGCUGCGCCUCUCCAUAACGAUCGUGUUUUAUUCCCGUACUAUAUUAACCCGAUGAUCCUGUGAGCGUGGUUAUCGCGAUGCUCGCAUGCUACUACCUCCUGUCGUGUUGGACCAGGACCCGUCGCUUGCUCGCGAGCAGCUGGCCGGCAGCUCUCCCACAGCAGCUGCUGCUGACGAUGAUGGGACACUGACGUGUCGAAACCAGCCCCGAGCUGUGCUGUGAAGCCAUGUGGCUGCAGGAUGCACUCCAAGAAGCCGUCUGACUGACGGGACGUGUAGGAAUCUAAUGACGAUGUUUCUAAUUGUGAUGUGUGUGGGGGGGGGGCAACGGAUGUUGGAGAUGUUCGCGUCGCGUCUGCUUAUUUAUUUUAUGACUCAUGUCCAGUA